UCUCUCUCUCUCCCUCUCUCUUAUCAAUCAAAAGUUCUUGUUAUUUAAUUUAUUGCUUCUGUGUCUAGAGAUCAUGAGACCGGACAACGGAGAUGUCCUGACUGCAGAACAGAUUGCUGAGUUUCAGGAAGCUUUCUGCCUAUUUGAUAUGGAUGGUGAUGGUUGCAUUACCUUUGACGAAUUGGCCACCGUGAUGAAAUCGUUGGAACAUAGCACAACUAAAGAAGAAUUGCAGACCAUGAUGGAUGAAGUUGAUGUUGAUGGGAAUGGGACUAUAGAAUUUGGGGAGUUCUUGAAUCUCAUGGCUAGAAAAAUGAAGGAGAGUGAAGCAGAAGAGGAAUUGAAAGAAGCUUUCAAAGUAUUUGACAAGGAUCAAGAUGGUUACAUAUCAGCUAAUGAAUUGAGGAAUGUGAUGUUCAACCUGGGAGAGAGGCUGACAGAUGAAGAGGCUGAACAGAUGAUUCGGGAGGCUGAUUUAGAUGGCGACGGACAAGUUAAUUACGAGGAAUUUGUGAGAAUGAUGUUAGCUGUUUGAUUGGAAUCUCCAUUAAUCUGCAGUUUGAUAAUUGAACUCUAUCAGGGGAGUGACAAUCACACGACUCCUGUCCCUUAUCUGCCCAUAACACUUUUAGGGAAAUACUUGGUCUACUAGCUGAAACUCAUUCUUCUGGCUACCCUUUCUAUGUUCUCUUUUCUUAUGGAUGAGCUAAGACAGCCAUUUGUGGACUCAUUGUGUUGUUGGGGUACUUGGAAUUAAUCUGCAGGAAUAUGUGAAAUAAAUAAGAAAUCUUUCUGUAAGAUUUUGGAUGGUAA